AUGGUUGCUCAACUGAAGACUUUCGGCGAUUUCGACACCCACUUCAACAAGGACACUGACGAGAUCACCGCUGACGGUGUCUUGACUGUCUCCAAGGAAGGAAGGGCCAAGUCCAACUACCCAGACUUCUUGCCCCAGUGGGACCCUAACCAGAAGUUUCCUCCUUUGAAGUUUUUCAAGCACGAGGACCCUGGUGUGAGAGCGGACCCUGGUUUCCCUAACCUUCUUCCAAACGACGGGGACCAGAAGGUCAAGAGAGUUACCCCCAAGUUGGGAACUGAGAUUACCGGUGUCCAGUUGUCGCAAUUGGACGACAGCGGAAAGGACGAGUUGGCUUUGCUUGUUGCCCAGAGAGGUGUGGUGAUUUUCAGAGAGCAGGAUUUUGCUAAGCACGGUCCAGCUUUCGCAACCAACUUCGGUAAGCACUUUGGCAGAUUGCACAUUCACCCAACCUCCGGUGCUCCAAAGGACCACCCCGAAUUGCACAUCACCUACAGAAGAGCCAACCCCCAGGAAUUCGACAGAGCCUUUUCUGAGAGAGUCAAUGCCAUCACCUGGCACUCGGAUGUGUCCUACGAGCUUCAGCCUCCAGGAGUCACCUUUUUCUCUGUUUUGGAGGGCCCUGACUCCGGCGGAGACACCAUUUUCGCCGACACCGUGGAGGCCUACAAGAGAUUGUCGCCAGAGUUCCAAAAAAGAUUGGCUGGGUUGCACGUUUUGCACACCUCUGGCGACCAGGCUCUGAGCUCCAGAAGAGCCGGUGGUGUUGAGAGAAGAAAGCCAGUUUCCCACGUCCACCCCUUGAUCAGACAGCACCCUGUGACCAAGGAGAAGAUGAUUUUCUUGAACAGACCAUUCUCGAGAAGAAUCGUCGAGUUGAAGCAGGAGGAGUCCGACUACUUGUUGAACUUCUUGUACAACCACAUUGAAUUGGCUCACGAUUUGCAAUUGAGAGCCACCUGGGAGCCCAACUCGGUUGUUGUCUGGGACAACAGAAGAGUUUCCCACUCUGCGGUUAUCGACUGGGACGAGCCAAUCUCUAGACACGCUUUCAGAAUCACUCCUCAGGCUGAAAGACCUGUUGAGGACUUGAAGGACUUGAACAAGGAGGAAUUGGAGCUUGGAGACGUGGUGGAGGCUUUUGCCAACUUGAAGUAG